GUGAAAUGCUAGAUUUAACAAACAGGUUAGGAACCAGCAAGCUAAAGAUGGUAUUUCAGGAAGUCAGCCAAGUAGGGGUAUAAGUGGGCUUUUGAGGUGCUAGAUUAGCUGAUGAAAAGUAUAACUCUUCAGAGCAAGAGGACUAGCCAGAUGAAGCAGCAGAAGUCUAUAAUGUGGGAGAAAAGUCAGAACAACUCUGCUUACUGUCAUCAACCGCAUAUUCUCAGAGCUUGUUUGAUGAGGUUCCUCAAUCUGAAUUCCAGAGUGCUAAUCCUAUUGAAAAUUUUAGCUCCUCAGCUAAUAUUAUAACUCAACCAAAUUACCCUAAACCUUUGAAGUCUAGUAGAACCAAGAGAAAGGAUAUCUACAGAAGGAAAAUUCUUAGGCACAUCAAAAAAUUCUUUCUUGAAUUAUUUAAAUACCACAAUGAUAAAUUAUUUAACAAAAGACUUAUAAGACAUACUUCAGACACAAUUCUUGAAGCCUUGGCCAACUUCUGAGAAAUUUAUAUCGAACAGGUAGACUCAAUAGCCAUGGCUAAAUUCAUGUUCAAGGCCAUGAACCUUAACUUCUCUAAUGUUUUUACUGAUAACAGUGGUCUAUUUCAGUUCGGAGAGAAAUUCCAUAAAUACGCCAAAAGUUAUAAUGAUACUAAGUUCGAAGGUCUCUUUGCAUCAGAGCAUUUCAGAGCUAUGAUAAAUUCAUUUAUAACCUUGAGAGGCAGAAGUAAAGAAAUCUUUGACAAAAUGAAGACCAAAACACAAUGGAAGUACCAAUUUAGAACUAAUGAAGAGGUUUUUACCAGGAUAACUUCGACUUAUAUUGGACAGGAGCUUGGAGAAGCAAUCGAGGCUAGGCUUCAAGAAGCCUUUGUCAGAUGAAUACAGUAUGUCUUCAAUAAUCCUCUGCUACUUGGCACUAAAAAGAACAUUCUGAUUCCUCACGACAAGCCAAGGAUAGCUCCUAAUUUGGACAAAGCAUUGACCCUUCAAACAGCUGAUGAUGAUACUGAAGAGGAAGAUGAAGGUGAAGAGAGGUUCUAAAAU